AUGAAAUUGGCAAAUACAAUUGUGAACAAAGCCCAAACUAUAAAUCAAGCUACACACCAAACCAUCCAGCAAAAUGUAUCAGAAAACUCAGUUCAUCCAAGAAAGCGUUUGCGCAGCGAGCUUGAAAAUGUACCCGUAUCCAGUAAUGAUUGCGAAGAUGACGAUCUUGAUGACCUCUUUCCUUCUGCUACUGAUCAAGACGACAAGGACGACGACUCCAUUGACAGAUUAUUUAAUUCAAAUAAUGAUGCUGAGGCAAACGUUGAUUUCGAUAGUUUACCCACGAUGGUGAAUCCAAAAUUGAACCAAGCAGUUCGCAGCAAGCUUCAAACUAAUGCCAAGUAUGCUGUCGGUGAUACUGAAUACCAAAAUCUGUUCGCGCAAUAUAAGAAGAAACGCCUCAACGAUCUUUCAUAA